GCGGGCCGUGCCCGCCCCGCGCCCCGCCUCGCCGCUGCUGGCCGGCGCCCCGCUGGCCGCCCGGCAGCGCCGUGCAUGUGCGGCAACAACAUGUCGGCGCCGCUGCCCGCCAUCGUCCCGGCCGCCAGGAAGGCGACGGCCGCCGUGAUUUUUCUUCACGGAUUGGGGGAUACCGGGCAUGGGUGGUCAGAAGCACUUGCAGGUAUCAAAAGCCCCCAUGUAAAAUACAUUUGCCCACAUGCGCCAGUUAUGCCAGUUUCUUUAAACAUGAACAUGGCUAUGCCAUCGUGGUUUGAUAUCAUUGGACUUUCUCCAGAUUCACAAGAAGAUGAAGCUGGGAUCAAGCAGGCAGCAGAGAAUGUUAAAGCACUGAUAGAUCAAGAAGUAAAAAAUGGGAUUCCUUCUAAUCGAAUUAUUCUGGGAGGCUUUUCUCAGGGAGGUGCUUUAUCAUUAUACACAGCUCUUACAACACAACAAAAAUUAGCCGGUGUCGUAGCCCUCAGCUGUUGGCUUCCUCUACGAACUUCCUUUGCUCAGGGCACUAUCAGUGGUGUCAACAAAGAGAUUCCCGUUCUUCAGUGCCAUGGAGACUGUGACCCACUUGUUCCUUUAAUGUUUGGUUCUCUUACUGUUGAGAAGCUAAAGAGUAUGAUAAAUCCAGCCAAUGUAACCUUCAGGACUUACUCUGGCAUGAUGCAUAGCUCAUGUAUUGAGGAGAUGAUGGAUGUAAAACAGUUCAUAGACAAACAUCUACCUCCUGUAGACUGAAAUGAUACGUGAGAAGCCUUCUACAUAAAAUACACCAGCAUCAACUGUGGUAGAGCGUUAAUCUUUUCACAUGCCUGAUAGGAAGCAUUACUCCUGUACCUACAGUGUUACUACUGUGUUGCAAAUUUAUACUUAGGACAAGUAUUAAAUAAUACACACAUGCGAGAAAUGAUAAUCUUUUUAGUAUUGAUCAUCCACUGAUGAAAUUGUAAGAAUGAGGCAGCUAGGUAACAAUGAUAGAAUGUAAACUGAGCAUACUAUUUUAAGACAUGCCUGACUUUUGAUUGCAAAAUUUUGAACCAUUUGUACAAGUAAUUAAAGACUAAAUUUAUGUGAACAACAUAAAUGUGACCAGUUUAGUAUGUUUGAGACAUGUUUGUUCUUAAUACUCUUUGAAAAUAAAUUAAAACAUUUUGUUUAUGUAAUGGAUGCAUAAAGUACACAACAAAUGUUGUAUAAAAGUAUGUAACAGUGGGCAUAUGGUGGUAGAAUAAAUGUUACUGAGGACAAACCUUGAAAUGUUAAAUGUUAAUUCUUACGCCAGAUAGAAGGGUGGUUCUCCUAGAAAGACUUAGUCAGUAGAGGUAUAUCCUGUAUUUGAAACACCACCAUUUUUAACUGUUUUCAUACAAGUAUAUACUGAUAGUUAUAUCAUUAUGAAGGGACUCAGUACUUGUUACACCAUCAUUCGUUGCUGUCUUGUUGCCAGUUGUUUUAGAUUACUAUAAAAUUAUGUCAAAUACUGACUUGGAACAGAAUUCUGAAGAAGUGCAUAAGGUUAAUACGAGUUUCAUUUAAAAAAAUCCUGUUUUGAUCUUGAACAUUCAUCUUAUGCUUUAAUCAUUGUAGCUUUCAUUUAUGUAGAAAUGUUCAUGAUGUAUUUUACAUGAGCAAUUCCAGCAUACAGUUUUGAUUUUUCUGGCUGCCUUGGACUAACUAACUGAAAACAGUGCAGCCAUGUAGUUUUUAGUUUUGUGUAUUGUUGAAGUCUCAUUUGUAACAUAGACAUUGACCAGUUUAGAUUCUCUUUUGUGAAACUACCAGUGGAAUUGGGAUAACUUUAAAUUAUUGUCUAAUACUUUCUUUUAUUUCAUUUCAAAACUUGAGAUUUUUCUGGAAAAGAAAGCAGAAUGUUAUUUUCAAAUAUAUGAUUGUAUGUUUCCCUGGAUCAAUGUAGCCUAAGAAUAUGGAGACCUACUGCAGGCAAAAAAAAUGUUCAAGAUAUAGAAUGUCUCUUAUUUUAGAAGCAUAAAAUUCUAGAACACACUGGAUUACAGAAAUCGAUGCAUGCUUUUUGUAGUUAAGAGCUGUAAUUCGCUUUCUGGAAGUAGCUGUUCUUCUGUAGCAUUUAGAGGCCAUCACCACACUAGAGAUAUUAAAAAAAUAUACUAUGCUUUUUACUACAUAAUAAGCUGCUUAACAAUCUUCUAUACUGAAAUAUGUUUGCAAGCAAAGAAUAUUCCUGUUUUGGAUGCAUCUGUGUUGUCAGCAUUGUGAUUCAUACCUGUAGAUAAGGUACUUUCUACUCACCCAGCUUAAUCAGGCAGUCCUCUUGCAAUAUUUUUGGAUUUACAUCACAGGAACCUGCCAGUACAAAUGUAUAAAUCAGGAAUUAUGUAUGUAUAUUCCUCUGACAUAGCUGCUGCCAGAAAUCUGGCUUGUUCACCUGGUCUGAGUUCUCAGUUUUCAUUACUUUUCUUCAUAAGUAGUGCACUUCAUUUUGAGGAAGCUAUUUUUCUUUUCUAAUCCUGUUUCUCUGGAUUAUUAAAUAUCUCAAUUGAAAAGGAUUAUUUUUUUUUUUCUGAACAGUAUUGGGACACUUCUAGAAAUUCUGUCUGCUUGGCUGAGGAGUCUAUUAACUUUGAAGUUUAAUUAUUUUUUUCGGUCUCAGUCACUGUUCUAUGUAUUUGCCAAUUUGUCUUUCAGUUAAUUUCUUUCACUGAAGAAACCAUAAUAUUCUUGUAGUUGUGCCAAAGUUGUGUUCAUAAAACUGUAUUUCCUAGCUUGGAGUCAUUCCCAAAUUGCAUUAGCUAAUUUUGCAGUCCCGCUGAAUUGCAAACUUCUUAGUCAAGCAGUAUGUUAUUUCCCUUAGUUUUCAGAUUGAUUCCUACUCCCCUGUUGUCUAAGUUACUCCCCAAAUACUGUCUUGUUUCCAAACUUCUGCAUAACCUUCUGAUCUCUUUAUUAUUUUCUUGUCCUGUUUGUGAAUUGAUAACAAUGUCCAGCUGCUGUUGUUCAUCUUCUUAUUUCGUCUGCACAUUUCACAUUUUUUUCUUAUGUUGUGAUUAGUUUAAAAAGAAAUAUUCCUAAGAUGUUAAAAUGAGAUUGGUCUUAGCUUUAUUCUGUGUUAGCUUAACUCUUUUCUCAGUUUUAUGCACAGGCUUCACAGCUCAAAGUCAGCUUCUAGCAAUUCUGCAUUUUAAACUUAGAUCAGCUUCAGCUAUUGUCUCCAUGAUGCUUUGAAAUGUUCUUUUAGAAACGCUUUAUAUGAUAACUUUGUUUAAAUACUCAGCUAGCAUAACAAUGUGUUUUGUUUUUUUUCAUACUGUUUUGCUGCUUACUUUAUCCACAAAGAGCUGUGUUACCAAAGUAAAUGUAAGCAAAUGUCGUGACUUAAUUCUGAAUUCCUAUUCUGAGAAGAGUCCUUCCUCAUGCUUUUUUUUGCAGGGCAGAUGUGUAUGUUGUAGAUAGGGUUUUCUAAAGAGCCCAGAAACCAGAGGAAACUUCAUGGAUGUAUUUGAAGCCUGCCCCAUUUCUUCCCAUAGCAGUGUGUGUAUGCUGAGCUCUUGUCUUUUUUAACUUCCCAGCUCCUUGGAAAGCCGUGUGUGAUCUCUUAGCUGAACUUAGUCACUACCUGAUGUGAUUUGAUGCUGGGGUUGUUGCAUGAUGUCCUUGCUGGCAUGUGUUUUUAGGCUGAAUGAUAGCUUGUCCCAGUGUGUUUAUUUUCACAACAGUCUAUUAAAAUGGAGAAGUCAGGCUGUCAGUGCUCUAAAUAUGAAGAUCCUGUUCUCGGAAACUACAACUUGAAAAUCUCCAAGAAUUAAUUUUAUUUUUGCAUUGCUAAACUUCAUUGAAAUGGGAUGAUGCCUUAAAAAUACCUGUUUAAGCAUUGAUGUGAAAAUGUCCUGCUUGCAGAUCAGUUUAUUUCAGUGGGUAUUGAGCUUCCCAAUACAUUUUAAUUUCACAUUCAAAAUUAAGUUUGACUGCAGUUUCGUGACGUCAGAAUUCUGACUUCUUGUUAGAAAAUGUUCCCCAUUUUUAACUAAACACAUGGAAUCAUGUAUUGUGAGCCAAAUCUUCCAGCCAUUCCUGAAGUAAAUGUACUGUGGUGAGGGCUGUAUGAUUUGGUCUCUUCCUAUUGUGUACAAUUACAUCACAGUAGAUUGGCAAAAAGUACUGUACACUGUCACUGGUAUUAGAAUUGUUAAUUAGAACAUGUUCUCUCUAAUGGGGUAUACUGAACUUCAUUAAAAUUAUUAGGAUGAAUCCUUGAAGUAGGGGCACUGUUUCUGUUAAUGGAUACGACUAAUAACAAACUGUAUAUGUUAAUGAAGCCAUAUGUACAAGGCCUGCAUAUGUUAAAUUUUAUAAAGAAAUACUGAACACUUGCUCUUUGUGUUAUGAGGAUAUAAGCCAUUUAUAUUUAAUAUAAACAUUUAACAUGUAAUUUAGUUUAUGAUAAGGACACGACUUUGAAAAUUACUUCUGUAGUAGGGAAGAUGUAAAAUCUUUCAGUUUUUAUCAUUGUGAAAUAAAUAUCAAUCAGUGUUUGGGAAAGUA